CAAUUCGAUAUCAUUUAAUUUUUUUUAAUUUUCCAGGCACAAUUUUCCUCCGCUAAAGCCAAUGAGCCAGGGGUUAACGAGGGUUGGACAGCGUAAAAUACCGGUGUAUCGAUUGUGUCUCACCCUUGGACCAUGGGACCGGGCAGUGUUGGUAUUUUUCGGGCUUGUUUAUCAGUUGCCUCCUCCUUCAAGGAAACCGUCAACUUGUCUUCCUUCACUUUCUUUCUCCCCAUCCAUUGCCCUCUACAUUGAUCCUGCUCAUAUCACUGUCCUUCGUUAAACCCAUCAAGAAAGCUUAUUGGAACGCUUCUUUUUGUUCCUGAUUUUUUCUUCCUAUCACUCUACACUUAUUUUAAUCAAAGACCCCGCGGUCUUACC